GUCCGCCACUUAAAUCUUCACUUCGCCAUUUUCACAAUCACAAAUCCGGCGAGACAGAGAGAGAGAGAGAGAGAGAGAGAGAGCAACGGAGUUUUCUGAUCUUUCGAUUUCCCCUUGGCUUUCUAAUCCCGGAAUUUUAUCCGAUCAUUCUUUCUCUAUCACACUAUUCCCGCCAAAAUCUUCCUCACCGUCCCGACUCAAUUCCCCUCUCUUUCUGCCCAAUUCCAAUCACCGGAAAACUCCCCGCCGUCUCAGAUCCGGCGAUCGUCGCUGAAUUUGAUCGGAUUUCAUCAAUUUUCCGGCACGGACACAAAACGUCGUCGUGUAAGCCCUAAGAAUCCCUAAUUUUCGUAGAGAAUUUCGAGCGGUGUUUCGGAAUUUGCUAAUCCCCUGUUUGUGGCUCGAUCUGCUUAUCGGAAAAUAGUUUAAAUUAUUGAUCUUUUAUUGCCUGAUUGUGCUUUUUUCUUUUUCGAUAUUGUGAUCGUCCGUCGCGCCUCGAUUAUUGGCUCAAUUUGAUCGAUUUGGUUAAGGUUUGAACAUGGACGAGUUCGGUGUGUUGACCGAGAGGUAUGGGUUGAAACCCCAAGGAAAAGCGGCUCCAAUGGCCGCAUCGAAGAUAGCCGUCGACAAUAAUAAUGCACAGAGUUGGAAUUUCGGUGUGAAUUCGAAUAUAAACCCCAAACCUUCUAAUGUUCUCGGCGAUCAAAAUAGGAUUUUUGACUCCAUUGGUGAUUCGAAACCCUACAAUAAUGGAGCUUCCGGUCAUUACGAUGAUAUUUUUGUACACAUUAAUCCCCCGAAGCAAUCAUUUGCUGGUGGUGGUGGUGGUUCAUCUUUUGAUUACGAGUCAUUCUUCUCGUAUUCCAAUGGGAAUACCUCGUCGUUCCACGCCUAUGGUAGUGACGAUAUUUUUGAUGGAAUGCCUGGGGUGAAGAGUUCGAUUUCCGCGAAUAAUGAUUCGAACAGCGACGAUAUUUUUGGGCCAUUUGCUUCGCCUCCGAAGCAGAGUGCUCCAAUUGAUGACUUGUUAGGCGAUUUUGUUCAAGCAGACGCGAAACCAAAAGGCUCAAGUGGGAACACAACCUCUAAUUUUGAUGAUUUGAUACCUGGGUUUGGUGACAAUAUUCCUCCCAAUGACGGAAGUGCGAGCAAACAUAGCGCUCGUCAAUCAACUCCUCAUUCUACUAAAUCAAAUUUCACUUCAUCGGAAGAUCCUUUUAUUGUGCUAGAAUCAACUUCUGUCUGUACUUCGAAAAAUGCAUAUGCUUCCUCUGAUGUUUUAACGGACCAAAUGGAAGGGAUUGAUAAACUCAACAAGUCUGGAGGCAUCAAACCUCCACGAUUGAAAUCCCCUCCAAUAGCAACACAAGUUUCACGGGAACCUAAAGUUAGGAGCUCGGAUGUCUCUUUCUUAGACGAACUUGAGGACUUUGCCAGGGGCAGCGUUCACAAUAAUGCAAAUGGACGCUCAAAUUCUCAUUCGAGUGGAGAUGACCUAGAAUCCUUUUUCAGUGUGAAGCACGGCCCUCGAUCAAACAGUGCACCGAGGUCAAGGACGACGACUAUGGAUCCCUUAUUUGAUGCUGCUACUAACAAAAGGGGAGUACCUCGACCUGAAGUGCCUUCGCCCAGCAUAAAGAAGUCCCCUUCCGCUAAUGUAAUUGUUAAUAACCCUUUUUCAGUGUUUGGAGACGGCAAAAUGUCUGGACAAUUUGAAGAAGUCAGAGGGGAUAGUGAUUCAAGACGAAAGCAAAAACUUGAUCAACAACGAAAAACCCAGGAGCGUAUGCACAAUGCACUGAAUGAUAUGAAACAGCGGGAUUUUCAAGCUCAGCAAGAGCAGGAAGAGAGGCAUAGAAUUGCUGAGACUCUGAAUGUUGGAAUAAAACGUUGGGCUGCUGGGAAAGAGGGCAACAUUCGUGCGUUGUUGUCGUCAUUGCACUAUGUACUUUGGCCUGAAUGUGGUUGGCAGCCCGUUUUGCUGACAGAUUUAAUUACUUCUGACUCGGUUAAAAAGGUCUAUAAUAAGGCUAAAUUGUGUGUCCAUCCUGAUAAGGUUCAACAGAAAGGAGCCAAUAUUGAGCGAAAGUUUACUGCAGAGAAGGUUUUUGAUAUCCUUCAGGAAGCUUGGAAGAAGUUCGAGAAGGAAGAACUUCCUUCUCGUUCUUCGUUACGAUGAGUAACUCGUCUUUUUUGGUGUAUAUGAACUACUCCUAUUCAGGAGGAGUACGCAUUUGUACUCUCUGAGAUACGGCUAUUUUGCAGCAUUGGGAGUGCAGCAGGAGGGCUGCAAUGCAUUUGGUGUUUGUUCGAUUUGGGACGCCAACUGGUAAAAAGUAAAAAGUUUAUGUAUGUUAAUGUAAAUUAGACUAUUAUACCAUUUACAAUCAAUAGUUGAUACUUGCCCAUUAGAGCAUUGAUUGACAAUCUCCAUUGAACGAUUAGAUUUCAAUAGCGUGGAGAGGGGUGCUGUUAUGGUUGUUGCUUGAACGAUUUCUUUUUUUUUUUUUUUUUUUUUCCUUUUUGCA